AUGGUGCCACUGCCUGCCAUUGAUCCCGCAGAGAACGCCAUGAAUGCCAAUGCCCAGGCAGAAAUGCAGACAGAGGCACUCAGCCUGCCCGGACCGAUGCCGCGCGCAGUGCCAUCAGCACCUGGUUGGUCAAGAGACAGACAGACGGAGACACACACGUGUGGCGUAUGUCAUGUGUAUGGACAGACAUGUUGAUGAAGGCCAUCAGUGAAGAGGCGCCGCCCGCCAAUGUGGCCAUCGCAGACAGCAUCACAAGCGGCGUCGCCACCCCAUUCGACCCAGUACGUCAGUCAGCCAGCCAGAAGGAGACACGCAUCACGUCUGCCCGUGUCUCUGACUCUCUCUGUCUCUGCAUCGAUCCAUCCAUCCAUCCAUCAGUCGUUGUUGCUGCGUGUGGAUGCGUGUGAGCGUGACUACGACAGCUCCCCGUGCCCCCUCUUAUUCGACGACAUCAGCCCACCAGCGUCGGCCGACUAUCACCUCUGCCAGGCCUCCACUGAGUACGGCGGGCCGUGCAGCGACACCGCCGCCAACUUCUCCGCACACAUGAGCCGAGCCGCCAAGAUCAAAUGGUUGACAGACUGCGUGGCGGUUUGGCCGUGCAGACACUGCACAAGGGACUUCACAGUGCAAGUAAUGCACUCGCCAAGCAGUCACUCCGUGCACGUCAUUACGUGUCUCUGUCCCCAUUACAUGUCUGUCUGUCCGUCAGUGUCCGAGUGGUUGGGUGGCCGUCGAGGGUUCGCACACCGCAUGUGAGCCGCCCGCAAACUACACGGGCAGCUGCAGGUAAGGCGGCUGUCUCUCUGUCGUUUAUGCACCCAUGGAUAAAUGGAUGGAUGUCUCCCUAUGUGUCUGUCAGGUUUGUUGUGGACUUCACCGGUUUCAACGCGGCCCUCUACACAAAAUGGAGCGGAGAAUGCGUAAGCCACUUGUGCACUCAACCACAAGUGGACACAUGUGGUGUGUCUCAUGUGGUCGGCAGAAUGCGUACUUCCCGUGUGUCGUGGCCUCGCCCGCCGACACGCUUAUCGCACGCCCCAACCCAAUCAGCAGAGUCAGAAAUGAGACACACAGUCACUGACAGACACACAUGAUGUUUGGCCAUAUCUGUUUGCGUGUUAGGUUGCGACGCUCGCGAGGAUGAAGGCCGGCCGGCAGUGGUGAUGGAUGGGCAGACGAAUGGACACAGCAACAGACAUACAGAUGCAUGCACCCGUGACACAUCAUAGAUAGAUAAGAUGAAUG